ACCCUUCCUUGCCCGAGGUGCCUCUGCCCCAGCCCGGUACCCCAGGGACGAGAUGGAGGCUGUCGCCGUUUGUCGGGUCCGGGCGGGCCUGGGGAGGGGGCCCCGGGGCGGCCCGUGGGCUGGAAGGGCCAGGUGCCGGCGCGGCCCCCAGCGGGCAGCGGUGGAGGCUGACCUGGCCACAGCAGCCCCCGGUGCACCUGCAGGACAUGGAGGGCCGCGCAGAAGGGCAGGGGCCACCGGUGCCCGGGGGGUGACCUGCAGCCCUGCGACAGGCCCCCCGGCAGAGGCGGGCCCCCCAGAAGGCUCCGGCCAUGCAGGGCUCCCGGGAGCUCCCUCUGCUGUGGAUUCUAGUCCUGGCAGCCGCAGGCACUGAGCACGUCUACCGGCCCAGCCGCAGGGUGUGUGCGGUGAGGGACCGGGGCCCCGCCUCGGAGUCCUUCGUGCAGCGUGUGUACCAGCCCUUCCUCACCACCUGCGGGCACCGGGCCUGCAGCACCUACAGAACCGUCUACCGCACCGCCUACCGCCCCGGCCCCGGCUCGGCUCCGCGGCCCCGCUACGCCUGCUGCCCCGGCUGGAGGAGGAGCGGCGGGCUCCCCGGGCGCUGUGGAGCCGCCAUCUGCCAGCCCCCGUGCGGGAACGGAGGGAGCUGCGUCCGGCCCGGCCGCUGCCGCUGCCCCGCAGGGUGGACGGGCGACACCUGCCAGACAGACGCGGACGAGGGCCGGGCCGGCCGCGCCCGCUGCCCCCAGCGCUGCGCCGACACCGCGGGCGGCUACCGGUGCCAGUGCCGCGACGGGACCCGCUGCCGCCCCCCGGGAGGGGCCCCCGGGGCGGCUCUCGACCCCCCAGGAGCGGACAGCGUGGUGCGGGAGGACGUGCGGAGGCUGCAGUCCCGAGUGGAGCUGCUGGAGCAGAAGCUGCAGCUGGCGCUGGCACCUCUGCACGCGCUGGCCUCCAGCGCCUCGGAGCACGGGUUCCAGGACCCCGGCAGCCUCCUGGCCCACUCCCUGCGGCAGCUGGACCGCGUGGACUCCCUGAGCGAGCAGGUCUCCUUCCUGGAGGAGCAGCUGGGGUCCUGCUCCUGCAAGAAGGAUCUGUGAGGUCCCACCCUGCGCCUAGGCCGGACGCGCCCCGCUUCCGCACCCCCUCCCUCCCUCCCUCCCGCUGGGGCCACACCCCACUCCUGGGG